AUGUCUACACACCCUUCUGUUUCUCCUUAUCGACCAGCGUCUCCCCGAGAUGAUCCUAUUUCUCUUGACUAUCUUUCCCGCUGUGAUGGAACCGAUGCUACAAUGCCUAUUUAUGUUGCAAUCAAAGGCAUUGUUUUCGACGUAACACGUAAAUCUGCGCUUUAUGGUCCCGGUGGCAGUUAUCAUAUAUUUGCGGGCAAAGAUGCAUCUAAAGCAUUUGGCAAGAGCAGUCUUAAGGAAGAAGACGCAAUAGCAGACUAUUCAUCUCUGAAUGAAUCUGAGCUGCGUAUACUUGACGAUUGGGUUACCUUUUUCUCAAAGGUAUGUUACUCGGUGCAAAUGCAUUUGGCCAAUGAAAGCAGAAAUACGACAUUGUAG